AGUGUCAAGACUUCUUUUCUAUCCGUUAUCCGGAGUUUGACUCGACGUCUACCAAAUGAACCCAUUCGAACACCGAAAGAGGUAUACGCCUUCGUUUCGACUGAACACAAGUUAUUUACAAUGGAGUUCGAUGGGCCAGCAAAUGCUGUAAACCUUAAAACAUUUCUUCAGUGUUAUGGCUCUGCUCUUCCCAUAGCAGUCAAUAUCGUAGAAGGAUAUUUUGGGCCUGAUGUUGACGAAACGCUUGAAGUAGACCACGUACUCGUUAUAUACAAAGUCGAGAGGGAAAAAAUGAUUGUUGCGAUCGAUAAGUUCAAUCGAGAGCUUUGUGUGCCGAAGAAUUCAAAAACCAAGAUUCAGCUUAUUCCUUCAGGGUGCCACAAAAAAUACUGUUCAAUAAGAGAGUUAUGCACUGGAUAUCAAACGAAGAAUUUCCGUGUUCUGGAGGACAUUCCUUCGGUUGGAAUCAAUUCAGAAACAACACUGAUAAUUUUAAAGAGCGACAAAUUUCAUAGUAACCUCGUGAAAUGCCUAAUAAGUCGCAUGGAUAGUUUUGAAGAGGUUUUGCUGCCACUGGAACUAUCAGGGACAUUUCAGCCGCUCUUAGGCGCAAGAGAAUACCAGCUAGAGGAGGUUAUGGCCAACUAUCCACUUCCAGUGAGUGUUCGAUUUGUUUCUCUAGAAGACGAAUACUUCGAAGCUUGCACCCGACAUUUAUCAAACUUGGAAAACAUCGAUUUAAGGGGCGAAAGAGAAGUUGAAAUGGUGUUUGCAGCUUCGAUUGAUAACCUUUAUUCGCUAAGCGUGUUCCCAACAACAUUAGACAUUAAAGUUGGUUGCGGGUUUAGAGUCACGGAAGAAACAAGUGAAAAGAUCAAACAUUGCAGACAGCAUCUUGCGGUGUCUGAGAAAGCGUUGGAUCGACUCGACAGACUUAAAGCCAACUCUUUUUAUUUCACAACAUAUCCCGUCAUACAUUUCAAUCUCGAGCUACUUCAAUCUCCUUCGCUUUCAAAACCCGAAAAAACUGAAAACAAAACGUUAGUGAACAAAACAAAUGAAAGAACUGAAGGUCUUUGUGUAAACACCAAACUGGAAACAGAGCGUGAAUACGGAAGGUCAGGGUCCUCGUCACAGUCCUCCUCUGAAGCUGAAAGAGACUAUGAAAACUUUGAAAUUGACAAAAAAUUGAACAACGAAAUGUCAAAGGCGGACGAGGAAGCCCAUGAUGCCGUCUUCAAUCUUCAUCAUAAGAUGUCUCACAACGCAAGAUCAACGCCACACGACGUCACGCAACACACGACGUCAUACAACGCGCGACACCACGCAGCACACGACGUCACGGAGGAAAGCCAUCCUCUAACUCGUCGUCGUCCAAUUCCCACGCCUAGAAAGCGCGUUGGCACAGGAAAUGAGGUGCCGGGAGGUAAUAACAACAAUGUUGUGGAUCCAUCACCGAAAACGCAAAUCUACCAUUUCUCUGACUCGGAAUGGUCACUGUUGUGUAGAAGUUCCUCAGAAGAUGAUUCCGACGAUGCUUGCCCCGAGCUACCACCAAAACAUGAAUUUCUAAGAAAAACAUCAUCACCACCACCACCACCACCACCAUUGCCCCCAAGGACUCCUCCGUGUGGUGAGGGUUUGGCAUACUUAGUAACUGACGUUACUGACUGGAAAGGAGUUGAGCAAAGACACCUGAGGACAAAGAAGCGGAGUGCGGCCAUUAAGCGGGAUGCAUUGGACGCGAGCAAUGAUGAUUACUACAUUGAUGUUAUCGCCGAUGACGUGUAUACAGAAGUCAAAGAUGAUGGACGUGUUUUUAGAUUAGUUGAUCUAGAACCUAAUGAUCAAUCCUUUAAUUAUUCACUGGAAACAGAAGAAGUAUACAUUUUUAUGGAAGACCAGCGAGGUAAAGAAACGGAUGGAAUACAGCCCAACGUAGAGAACUUUCAAGAAGAGUAUUAUCUCGAGCCUGUUGAUAUGAGGGUUCCUGAGGAUGCACCUAUCGCAACACAAGAAACGGAAAGAGCUGGUGAUACCGUGACACAAUUCGAAAAAAGAAGAUUGGAUUGUGUCACAAUUAACGGUGACAUUGAAAAACGAGGAUCUUCACGAACAGAUAUGCGAAAGAAAAACAGCUUUCCUCAGAAGGCGGAAGGCACUGACAAAACUGACAAAAAUUCGUGGUCUAAACACUCACAACCUUGCGGUUUCCCAGCUGCGGAGCAGACAGAGAUACCGCGUCGCACACAAACUGAAGAAAACAUAAUCAUCUCCCCUCGGAGAGAAGACGAUUUUGUGGACUUUGCAGAGAUAAAAAAAUAUUUGGAUCGCUUAAAAGGGCUGCGUGAAAAGGACACGUUUGAACAGCAGAAUUGAACCUUGAUUUGACUUUCUGGAUGACUCCUUAUUCGAAGUUACAAAAUGUUAAGAGCACCAGCGAUUUCUUGGUCCACCAAACUCCAGACUUUAUCUGAGAGAUAACAAUUAAUAAAUCAAUCAAUGGAUUCCUUUGUUUGAAAAUUUCGAAAACUAAUUCUGUGAUCAUUCGUUUGACGCCUGCUGGGUGUUUGUAAGAGUAUUUCUUGUAAUCAUUACUUUGUUUAAAUAUAAACACACUUACGAAGGAUAUCGAAAUUCUAAAAUACUACCGUUUCUGAGAAUCGUACUCACUUCCGGUCAUUGAAAGAUUAAUAUCUUAAAUUACUGUGUUGAUGAAGGCAGCGCUGCUGAAUUACAGUGAACAAAUACUAUGAGAUUUUAAUCAAUCAUUUUAUAAAUGUUAAGCGUGUUGCCAUCCACAUCCGAGCAGGGGGAUCAUGUGUACAUGGCUGAACUACGAGCAGAAGUAACUUAAUAUAACGAUAAAAAGGACUGAUUACAGUAAAUAUUAAUUAAAAAUAUAAUAUUAGGAAUAUAAAAUAUAAAAGUUAACAAAUAUCUAGACACAUAUCUACACGAAAGCUUCUCCCAUAUCACGUUAAAGUGUCA